AUGGCAAUGUGGGUUUCUUCGUUGGUGAAUAGUUUGAGAAUAAGUACGAUAAUAUUGGGUUUUUCGAACGUAGCGGUGGUGAUUGUUGGUGCAGUUCUUUUGUUUGUUGUGUUUCCUGGUUGUGACCGUAACAGAAUAACUAUUCCGGUUGCAAUGGUGUCUUUGGCUGCUGCUUUCAAAAUCUUUGCCAUGUUUAAGUCUGGGGUUGCACAGAAGGCUACUGCUAUUUCCAUUCUUGAUUCGCCUGUCGAUACUUCUGUUGUUGACUCCAUUAAUCGCCUUCGAAGACGGGUGAGGUACAAAACAUGGCUUUGGUGGAGUCGGUUUGCAUUGGUAAUCACUCUGCUGCAAAUUGUGACUGCAAUUUACCUUGUGUUUAAUGUGGUUAAAUACAUGUCUCAUAAUGGGACAUCAUGGACAUCUUCAAAUGGUAACAAGUGGAAGACAAAACUACUCAUUUCAUUUGUUAUCACAGUCUGUUCUGUUCCACUAAUGCAUAUUUUUGUGGGACCUGCGGUCCUAAGAUGGAGAUCUUUUUAUGAAACCCAAGAUGACGUGUGGAAGGCGCACUAUCAGGAGGUGUUUGACCAUGGAAUUCGUCAGGCUUUGUGCUGUCUGGGGCGCAUCAAAUACAUGCAGGUGUCUAAGGAAGAUGAAGUUUACUCAGUAGCACGAUUAUUGGGUGAUCUUGUUGCCUAUCGUGCGUCAGGCACUGGACAUUUGGAACUUCUGGCAGGUGACCUUGGUGGAUUAAGUUUUGCUGUGAUUUUGUAUGCUAUUUCUGCAGGUUUAGCUUUGUUGCAGAGGAAUAGUGAAUCCCCUAAAUCUCAUGAUGGAUUGGUAGAAGCACCCAGAGAAAAGAUUAGGGAGGCCUUUGCUUUUCAUGAAUUUGCUGAAGCUGCAUACACUGGUCCAUUGCUCGAUUUGGGAAGACAUACUGUAUUUUUUCCUUGUGCAUGGCUCUACAGGCAAGGGAUUUUGACUCCAUGGGCUCGUAACAGGUUGUUUAUUCACCGGGUAUCUUGGCGGCCCUCACUCUCUGGAGAUAACUGGUGGCGGGGUCAUGCGGCAGCCUUUUUAAAAUAUGCUAAUUUACCUCCAGAGGCUCUUCGACGUGGUCGUGUUUGUCAGGUGAAAUUCAUAUUCUUAUCCUAA